AUGUCUCGCUACACCAGGCCCCCCAACACCUCCCUGUUCGUCAGGAACGUCGCAGACGCCACCAGGCCUGAGGACUUGCGCCGUGAGUUUGGUCGAUACGGCCCCAUAGUAGAUGUUUACAUCCCACUUGACUUCUACACUCGCCGACCCAGAGGAUUCGCCUAUCUGGUCAUGUUUGAAGAUGUUCGAGAUGCUGAGGAUGCACUCUACAACCUCAAUAGGAAGUGGGUAUGUGGCCGGCAAAUUGAAAUACAAUUUGCUCAAGGUGACCGCAAAACACCGGGCCAAAUGAAGUCAAAAGAACGCCACAUGUGCUCUCCGAGUGACCACAGGCGAUCCAGAAGCCCCAGCCAGAGGAGAUCUCGAAGCCGAAGUUCCUCAUGGGAGAGAGACAGGAGGCGAUCGGAUAGCCCGAAAGAGUCUCGACACAGGCGAUCUUCUUACAGUCAGUCUAAAUCUCGUUCCAAGUCACUACCAAGGCAGUCUACCUCAGCAAGGCAGUCAAGAACGCCAAGGAGGAAUUCUGGAUCCAGAGGACGAUCAAGAUCCAAGUCUUUACCAAAAAGGCCCAAGUCAAUGGAAAAAUCACAGUCGCACUCACCUCAAAAGCAGACUGGCUCAGGAGCAAAAUCUCGACCACACCGACGACACUGUGACUCCAUAGCAAGAUCUCCAUGCAAGUCUCCCAGAGGGUACACCAGUUCCGGAUCUAGGACACAGACAACAAAACAUUCUCAUUUCCGGUCACAUUCCAGAUCCCGGAGUUAUCAUCAUAAAAACAGCUGGUGAACAGCAGCUUCGAGAAGAGCCAGAGAGCCCUGCUAGAAGUUACUAGACCUCACUGUGGCUAACAUUCUUCAAGGCUU